GUUAGGUGCUCCCUACUCUGCAUGUUGAUUUAUCGCCUCCGGUCUCGUCUCGCGCACUCUGUUCUUUGUUUUCAAAGUUCAGUAGCACACAGGUCUUCCCCACUUUCAACCCUAAACCUUGUCUUAGCUCCUUGUUUAUACCUUCAACCUUUCUAUAUUCUGUAUCUGAAAAUUUCCAUUUCUGCAUAUAUCUUUCUGUUUUUCGUUUCCGAUCUGAGAAACAGUUAAUUUUGGUGCAGUUGCCGUCAUUUAACGGACAUGGCGAGCGAGAGCGGGAAGAGCUUCGCGAGGAGGGAUCGGCUGAGGGAAAUCGAGUUGAAGGUUCAGAAAUGGUGGGAAGAGAAAGAGGUUUUCAAAGCCGAACCUGGCCAAAACCCUCCCGAACCUGGCCAAAAGUUCUUCGGUAACUUUCCUUUCCCUUACAUGAACGGUUACUUGCAUCUCGGUCACGCCUUCUCUCUCUCCAAACUCGAGUUUGCCGCCGCUUUUCACAGACUCAGAGGCGCCAACGUGCUUCUCCCCUUCGCUUUUCACUGCACUGGCAUGCCAAUCAAAGCCUCUGCUGAUAAACUCGCCAGAGAAAUUCAACGGUUCGGUGAUCCACCGGUUUUUCCUAGUGAAGUUGAGGAAAAAGAAGAGGAUGAAGGUUCGAAGAACGAGGAUGGUGCUCCUCCUGAUAAAUUCAAAGGGAAAAAGUCAAAGGCUGUUGCUAAGUCUGGUGGACAGGUUUAUCAAUGGGAGAUUAUGCGAAGUGUUGGUAUUUCUGAUAGUGAGAUAUCUAAGUUUCAGGAUCCUUAUAAAUGGCUUUCUUAUUUUCCUCCUUUGGCUGUGGAGGAUCUUAAGGCUUUUGGGUUGGGUUGUGAUUGGAGAAGAUCUUUUAUUACGACUGAUAUGAACCCUUAUUUUGAUUCAUUUGUGAGGUGGCAGAUGAGGAAGUUGAAGUCAAUGGGGAAGGUUGUGAAGGAUGUGAGGUACACCAUUUUUUCUCCUUUGGAUGGUCAACCAUGUGCUGAUCAUGAUAGGGCAACUGGUGAAGGGGUUCAGCCACAAGAAUACACUAUUAUCAAGAUGGAGUUGGUUCACCCUUUUCCGCCUAAGUUUAAGGUGCUUGAGGGAAGAAAGGUGUUCUUUGCUGCUGCCACUUUGAGACCUGAGACCAUGUAUGGGCAAACCAAUGCGUGGGUUUUGCCUGAUGGCAAGUAUGGAGCUUUUGAGAUCAAUGAAAAUGAGGUGUUUGUUCUUGCUCACAGAGCUGCUCUUAACCUUGCGUAUCAGAAUCAUUCGCGGGUUCCUGAGAAACCCACUUGCUUGCUUGAGCUCACUGGUCAUGACUUGAUUGGACUUCCAUUGAAGUCUCCUCUUUCGGUUAACGAGGUCAUUUAUGCUCUUCCUAUGUUGUCUAUUUUGAUGGAUAAAGGUACUGGGGUUGUGACCAGUGUGCCUAGUGAUGCCCCGGAUGACUACAUGGCCUUGCAUGAUUUGAAGUCAAAACGAGCGCUCAGGGAAAAGUAUGGUGUUAAGGAUGAAUGGGUGUUGCCGUUUGAGAUUGUGCCCAUCAUUGAGGUUCCGCAGUUCGGUAAUAAGUGUGCGGAAACUGUUUGCUUGCAGAUGAAAAUCAAAAGCCAGAAUGAUAAAGAAAAGCUUGCAGAAGCCAAGAAGCAAACAUACUUGAAGGGAUUCACUGAAGGAACAAUGCUUGUUGGAGAAUUUGCAGGGAGAAAAGUUCAGGAAGCUAAGCCCCUGAUUAGGAACAAGCUUUUGGAAACAGGUCAAGCUAUUAUCUACAGUGAACCAGAGAAACGGGUGAUGUCAAGAUCUGGUGAUGAAUGUGUUGUAGCUCUUACAGAUCAGUGGUACAUUACAUAUGGGGAAUCUGAAUGGAAGAAGUUAGCUGAGGAGUGCCUAUCUAGCAUGAGCCUGUAUUCUGAUGAGACAAGACAUGGAUUUGAGCACACUUUAAGCUGGCUGAACCAGUGGGCUUGCUCACGAUCGUUUGGUCUGGGGACACGCAUACCAUGGGAUGAACAAUUCCUAGUUGAGUCUUUAUCGGAUUCCACCAUUUACAUGGCUUAUUACACUGUUGCACACCAUUUACAGAACGGUGACAUGUAUGGAUCCAGUGGGUCUGCCAUCAAACCUCAGCAACUGACUGAUGAUGUCUGGGAUUAUAUUUUCUGUGGUGGACCAUACCCCAAGUCAACUGAUAUUUCAUCCACCCUUUUAGACAGAAUGAAGCAGGAGUUUGAGUAUUGGUAUCCAUUUGAUCUUCGAGUUUCUGGUAAGGAUCUUAUACAGAAUCAUCUUACUUUCAGCAUUUACAACCAUACUGCAAUCAUGGGAAAGCGUCACUGGCCUCGUGGGUUUAGAUGCAAUGGCCACAUAAUGCUCAAUUCUGAGAAAAUGUCCAAGUCCACUGGAAAUUUCAGGACAUUGCGUCAGGCAAUUGAAGAGUUUUCUGCUGAUGCUACACGAUUCUCGUUGGCUGAUGCUGGUGAUGGUGUUGAUGAUGCAAAUUUUGUAUUUGAGACAGCAAAUGCUGCAAUUCUCCGGCUCACCAAAGAAAUUGCAUGGUAUGAAGAUAAUUUGGCAGCAGAAUCAUCCAUGAGAACUGGUCCCCUAUCUACUUAUGCUGAUCGUGUGUUUGCCAAUGAGAUUAACAUUGCUGUCAAAACAACUGAGCAAAAUUACUCCAACUACAUGUUUCGAGAAGCUCUCAAGACUGGCUUUUAUGAUCUUCAGGCUGCUAGGGAUGAGUAUAGAUUCUCAUGUGGGGUUGGUGGUUACAAUCGCGACUUGGUGUGGCGUUUUAUGGAUGUGCAGACACGUCUUAUUGCACCCAUCUGUCCCCAUUAUGCAGAAUUUAUUUGGAGAGAGCUUUUGAAGAAGGAUGGUUUUGUCGUGAAUGCAGGCUGGCCAACAGCUGAUGCUCCUGAUCUUACACUGAAGAGUGCUAAUAAAUAUCUGCAGGAUUCAAUUGUUUUGAUGAGGAAGUUGCUUCAGAAGCAACUUUCAGGCUCAAAGAAGGGUAAUAAAAAAGGUCCUCCGGUUACAACACUGACAGAAAACAAGGUAACAGGCUUGAUAUAUGUAAAUGAACAGUUUGAUGGUUGGAAAGCUGAGUGCCUGAGUAUUCUUCAGAAAAAAUUUAACAGAGACACUCAAACUUUCGCUCCAGACUCAGAGAUAUUGGAAGCUUUACAGCAGAGUUCUGUAGGUCAAUCUUCCAAUUUUAAACAAAUCCAAAAGCUUUGUAUGCCUUUCUUGAGGUUUAAGAAAGAGGAAGCAAUUGCACUUGGAGCUCAUGCCCUGGAUUUGAGAUUGCCAUUUGGUGAAAUUGAGGUUCUUAAGGAAAACUUGGACUUGAUAAAGAGACAGAUAGGUCUAGAAGAUGUGGAAAUUUUAUCUGCAGCAGAUGCUGAUUCCUUGGCCAGGGCUGGACCGUUGGCUUCUCUACUAAAUCAAAAUCCUCCAUCACCUGGAAGUCCAACUGCCAUCUUUUUAACUCAAUAGCUGCUGGGUGAGUUUCUGGAAAUCUCCCCGUUCUUUAUCUAGAAUAGCUUUUACUUUUUUUCUGUCAUCAAAACAAAGAAAUAAUUUAUCUUUUUCUCAAUAUAUAUGUAGACAUGAGAUGAGUUACUAGUUAAACUGUUCGUGUUGUAAAUUUUUUUUAUUUGCCUGAUUUGAAUUUUAAAUAUUUCCCAUAUUUUGCUCCCCCUUUUUUGUUUCACUGGGGCAUUGCCUCAUCCCAUAUAUCUAUACAAAUUUGUGCCUCGGUGCCAAUAAAAUUGCAUUCAUUCAGCACCCGUCCUAGUAGUCGAUAUCUUAGCCAUUUGGAUUGGAAUUUGGAUGGGUGUCUGUGAGAAGAUGCACAUAAGAUUAACUGCUGCUCCUAACAAACUCAGGCGUUGCUGUAAAUUCACUUGGAAGGGAUUUAUUGCCAAUGUCUAAUAUAAGCUGGUGGUUACAAUACCUCCUUUACUUCAUUAGUAAGUUGGUAGAGAAAAUUUCUCAGCAAUUUAAAGAGUUGGCAUACUCGUUAUCUGUCUGAAAAAAUGAUUCACUGAUUUUGCAGCAGUCUCCUGUUUUGAGAGAUUUUAGGCAAUACGAAAAGUGCAUUCUUGACGUGGUCUGGAUCCAUUGUUUCAUUCUAUUUUGCUACAUAUGGUUAACAAGAGCGUUCGAUUUAUGCAAACUGGCUUAUUCUUGUAAUUAUCAUUUAUAGGUUGCAACGAUACUCCACCCGGGAACAUGUAGUGCGAUUAUCCUGAUCUGGAUCGUGCUUGUUGGUGGUUGGGGAGGUGGAAUUUUUUGUGGAUAACAGAAGAUUUUGUUGGAAACUACUGAUGUAGAAUUCUGGUUUGCUUACGUCGUGCUUGUGUCCUGAAAGAUAUCCCCUUUCAGUUUUUAAUUUAUUUCGCCAUUCUUUGUUUGCUCCACAACUUCUUUGCGGCCUAAUUGUCGGCUAUUAGGAAAAUUGCAUUUUGUUCCACAUUGUUCUUAUAGUGACGAGUUAUUUUAUUUGUUUAGAGAACGGCUACUAAAUUAUACUCAAAUGUUGAUCAAAUUACAAUUGUUUUCAUACU